UAGUCCCUGAUAGUUAACUGACGUAACACACGUAGAAACAUACAGCCUACUGAGCAUCAGCGAGUCGGGGAUGAUCCCUCGCUAAUUCUUAUGCGAAGCCAUUUAAGUCGGAUGGAUUAAGGUUUCGUGGGUUUGCGGGUUGUAUAAAAGUCCAACGAUACGCGAGCGUGAAGCCAAGGCGAGGGGCUGGCGGACCGACAUGUUCAACGGAAGUAUUCGUUGGGAGGCGAGAGUUCUAUCAGCAGGCCCACCACGCUUGCUGGGGUGGAACGUUCCUGCCGAGGAAUUGGUCCAUAUACCGGAACACUGGCUGGUCUACCCCGAGCCCAACCCCUCCCUUCACUAUUUAUUGGCCAUUCUGUAUAUAGUUUUCACUUUCGUCGCGCUACUCGGAAACGGACUGGUCCUAUGGAUAUUCUGCGCAGCCAAAUCGCUGAGGACUCCUUCGAACAUGUUCGUUGUGAAUCUGGCGUUCUGCGACUUUAUGAUGAUGCUGAAAACACCCAUAUUCAUUUAUAACUCCUUCAAUACUGGAUUCGCUACGGGUCAUUUGGGCUGUCAGAUCUUUGCCUUUAUCGGGUCGCUCAGCGGGAUCGGAGCUGGCAUGACGAAUGCUGCCAUUGCAUAUGAUAGAUAUAGUACUAUAGCUCGGCCACUCGAUGGAAAGUUAUCGCGCGGUCAAGUACUGCUCUUCAUCAUCCUCAUCUGGACGUACACGAUUCCGUGGGCCUUGAUGCCGCUGAUGCAAGUUUGGGGCCGCUUUGUGCCCGAGGGUUUCCUGACGAGCUGCACUUUCGAUUAUUUGACUGAUACAGCUGAGACACGCUAUUUUGUGGCAACGAUAUUCACCUUCUCCUACUGCAUACCGAUGGUCCUCGUCAUAUAUUAUUACAGUCAAAUGGUUAGUCAUGUUGUCAAUCACGAGAAAGCGCUGCGUGAACAGGCAAAGAAGAUGAAUGUCGAGAGUCUGAGAAGCAACGCGAAUACAAAUGCUCAAAGUACAGAAAUACGUAUAGCCAAGGCUGCGCUUACAAUCUGCUUUCUUUUUAUUCUGUCGUGGACUCCGUAUGGUGUUCUCGCGAUGAUUGGUGCUUUCGGGAACAAGGCGCUAUUAACUCCUGGCGUUACGAUGAUACCAGCAUGCGCCUGUAAAUUCGUGGCCUGCUUGGAUCCAUACGUGUACGCCAUCAGCCAUCCAAGAUACAGGCUGGAACUGCAAAAACGAUUACCGUGGCUGGAGCUGCAAGAGAAACCGCCUACCGACACGCAGAGCACCACGACUGAGAUGGUGAACUCACCAUCGUCCUAAGUCUGCAACCUGUUUUUUUUUUCUGACCAAAUUCUGUCUGUCUCCAUUCAGCCACGGACACAUCCGCUAUUAAAAGCGUGAUAUUUUCUGUUAUGAUCGAAAUCCACCGAUUAUGUACAGAAACAAGGCAAUAAAUUAAAUCCCUGGCAUACAUGUCCCGCGAUUGUAAUACGAUAUAUUUUUUAUAUAUUGUUUAGCAGUGCUGCUAACGAUGGCGAUGAUUAUAUAUUGUAUGUCUAGCAAAAAGGAUUAAAAAUUGGAUCGCGGAAGUGAAGGAGGAAAAUACUCGGGCUAUAUGAGAAAACAGCAGUCGUGUAAGUGAACAAAAACUAGCAAGUUACAACUUUAUUCAUUUUUACACGCUACCAGCUUAAAAGCUACUGGGGGAAUAGGCCUUGGAGGACCGAAAAAAAAAGAUUUGCGCGAUUGAUCGGCGUCAGACCAGCUAGCGCUUAAGGUAAUAUCGACUUUGUGCGAUAACGCGAUUCGUCCCAUUACAGCUGCACUACGGCCUGCGCGAGAAGACUGGAAGUCGAAGUAAAAAAUAAAUCAUCUCUAUCAACCCGAAGAAAGACUCGGCGGGGUUCUUCGAAACGGCCUGAA